UCCGUCCAUCUCUCACCAUAAUUUAAUUAAGCUUUAAAGAAACCCCAUCUAUCCCCUAUUCUAUUAUAUAUAAUGGGCUCAGACUCUCAAAACCAACUACCACAGACCCUUUUACAUAUCCAUGUUAAAAGUGUUGUUACUUCUCAAAAAGAUGGUCAUCACCGCCGCAUAGCAGCCGCUCGCCACCUCUAUCUUUCGCCAUAUCCACCCUGUUAAGGUAUGAACUUAUAUACUUCAAUUCAAUCAAAUUUAUGGUCCUUAUAAGAUAUUUCAGCUAAUAUGGUUUCAAGAAAAUAUCAAAGGAAUUCUUGGAGAAUCAUGAGCAGAAGAAACGUACCACAGCUUGAUCUCGGGUUGAAUUUGUCACCACCAGCAAGAAGAAACCUCCAUCCUGAGUCCCCGAGUCGAUCGUCGACAUCGCCUCCGAGUUCAUGUGUAUCAUCGGAAGUGAACCAGCAGGAGUCCCGGCAGUACUCCACCGGCCCGGAGGCCAUAUCCAUGAUGCUUGUGGGGUGCCCCCGGUGUCUCAUGUAUGUCAUGCUUGCAGAAGAAGACCCAAGAUGCCCCAAAUGCAAAAGCUCUGUUUUGCUUGAUGUCAUCCAUGACAAGACCACCACCACCAAGAAAACAAAGAAGGGCUAGCCAUACUUUUAUAUAUGUAUAUCUAUCUCAAUAUAUGCUAGUCCUUACCCUACCCCUAUCCCCACUAAACAAGCCCUUUUCAUUGUCUUUCCAAGUAGCAAUAGGAAGUUGAUCUGGUAUAGAAGUGGUGUUGGUUUUUGUUCCAUUACCAUAUUUAGUACAACUGCCCGAUUUUUCUUCAGAAACAUAAUGCAAUUUCCUGCCUACGUUUGUUCA